GUAGUCAAAAUAUGACUUCUUGUUUUUGAAUUUCAUUGCCAUUUUCACAGUCUACUGGUAAAAAUUUGGGAAUGAGGUUAUUCGCAAUUUUUGCUGCUCUGUUGUCUCUCCAGCUGUGUCUUAUCUUGGCCAAAGCAGACCUCCGGCUUCCUAAAUGUGUCAAGAUAGUUUCUAUUAAUACCCCUCUUGACGAUCCAACAAGAGCGGCGGAGAAUUAUGGUGUGCGAGCUGACAAAAGGAGAGCAAUGCUGACUGACAAACCAGGAAUCUUUCGGAUUCGUGAGGGGCUCACAGAUGAGAAGGGAACAGUAUCUUUGGAGGCACUGUUUCACCCCAGGUUUUACCUGCGCCACAAAAACUACCACUUCCAUUUGGAGAAGGAGGUCAACAAUUCAGUGUUCUAUAAGGAUGCAACUUUCUUCAUUUUGAAAGUCACAGAACACCCAACCCUUUAUGCAUUUGAACUAUACAGUCAUCCCACGUGGUUCAUGCGACAUUUGAAACACAAGCCUUACACAAUGGUUCUCAGGAAAGUUAAUGAGUCGAGUAAAGACGUGUUGGACUCCACUUUCUUUCUUGCCCCUCAUCGUUGUUUUCCAAAGCAGGGAAAUGAUAGCAAUGCUGAAAAAAAGACGGUUUUAGUUGGAGACGGGACAUUCAUAGAUACUGCGGAUGAAGAUGCUGAUAUUGCGACUGCCAAAGCCAACGAUUUAAACGCUGAGGAUUUUGAGAAGGCGUAUUUAUCAAAGGAAAAAGAUGAAAAAGACGACUCGAUUGUAAUACACACUGAAGAUGAUAAGACGGAUGAUGGGGAUGAUAAAAAGCCUAUUAAAAUACACACAGAAGCAGAUUCCUCCGAAGAAAGCCAGGAAGAAAUUCUAAAGGAAAUCGAGGACGCUUUUAGAACUGCCCAGAAUACAAACAAUUCUACGUACCUCGAGAAAAUAGAGAAAGACAUCGAAGAAAAAGUGAACACCAUCGCUGAGAAAGCUUCAGAUUAUUUAAAUAAGCCGUCAAUUCACACUAGAAAGAAAAAUAAUGGCAAAACAAGUGCUGUUCACGAUAUUGAGAUUCAUACCGAGUCAGAUAAACCGGAUAACACGAAAAAAAUUGACCCUGAAAGCGAUGUUGAUCAACCAAGCCAUGAACAGGACUCAAUACACAACUCUUCAGAGGACAAUAAAACGGAAAGAACACAAAGGGUAGAAGUCCUGGGCCCUGUGAUUGAUCUUACGAAGCCUUUGGAUCAGAACGAUGAAACAGAUAUUGACAAGGAGAUUGUAGUGACAGGACAACCCAAGUUGAACGGAAAACUUACAAUAGACACAACAUAUCAGUAUAGCCAUCCUCCCAAGCUGAAGAACAGGGAAAAAGAGAGACACAAAGAGAAACUUGCCGGAUUUAGUAUUGAUGACGUUAUUACCCCCAAAACCCGUUCAAACAGAACGUCUAAAAAGACUCCAUUGCACCUGCAUGCUGUGCGGAACAAGGCUUACAAGGAUUUAACAGUGGCAAACAAAGCUCUGAACUCGAAUAUUGAGAAAUUAAGGAAUGUUCUGGAGGCAAUUGAGGAUGUUCCAAGCGAUAACAAAGCAAGUGAAAAAGGAACUGUUAUUGUAAAGAAUAUGCAUCCAAAUGCAUUAUACCAUCAACAACAUUUAAACAAAAAUAAACGUCCAAGUCUGGCGCUUAGUGGAACUCCAGAGGUCCACCAGAACCCUCCUUACUUGCCUCAGACUCCAUCGGACUUGAAGGUGCUCAAGUCGCAAUCAACUGUACAGACAACUGUAACGGAGUUGCCGCACUCUCCGUUCACAACAUCAGCUGCUGACGAAAAAGCGUCUACGCCGAUUCAGAACUCGAGAGCAAAGGCUUCUCCCUUGAAGAACAACAGCGGAAACAAAACGCAGUUGGCAACGGUGGAGGGGGCAAAUACUAUCCCACCAACAAGCACCCCAGGAUUACACGUGAUCCAAGGCACUAGAGACCUACCCAGUGGUAAAGCUGGUAACAACAUGUCUUACGAGGUAUUUGAUCACCUGGCCAGUGAACUUGUUGAUCAUGAUACCACAGGAAACCCAACUCCUGUCACCGCCGGCAAAGGCACAAGAAACACUGUGACUGACUGGAUGAAAAAUCUUAAGCCCCACAACGCUUCAUUACAGGAGACUUUUAAUGAGCUGAAUCCCGUGGAUUCUGCUAAGAUAUUUUACCUUGACAAAUGCGAGGACAAGUUCCCCAAAGCCUGUGAAGACUGGGCGGCUCAACGAUAUUGUUUGACUUUCAGCGAGCUGAUGAAGAGAUAUUGUAGAAAGGCCUGCAAACUAUGCAAUCACGUGUUAGCAACGGGUUUCACAACCUGUGAUAAAACAUGCGGCGGAGGAAUUAGACUGCGCAUGAUCAAAGUGAACAACCGACAAGUGUUGCAGCGAAGGUCGUGCAAUGUGCAAAACUGUCCGGUUAAUGGAGGUUAUACACCUUACUCAGACUGGUCCGAAUGUAGCGUGACAUGUGGUGAAGGAGUACGUUACAGACACAGGUCAUGCACAAGUCCUAAACCUCAGUUCGGUGGACGUGACUGUAGCCAUCUCGGAGCACCAGUUGACACUAUGCCGUGUGUUAAGGGAUGUAAAGGAUUUAAGCCAAGCAAAUACCAUUCCUCUCUAAAUUCAGGACUCAAGAAAAGCAAACAUCAUACUGACCGUCUAAGCCCUGAGGAGUUUCCUGAAUACCACGCAGAAGAAGCAAAUCCGAAAGCUUCAGACCCUGUGGGCGAAAAAGAGGCCGACUUGGAUAGCGAAGAGGACGAAGAGGAAGACUCUGCAAGUACAAACGAAACUUCCAAUAACCAAGAUUACGGUCAUGAGUUUGAAUGGCCCAACAAGCACCACCGUCACAAACCAGUUGUCCUAAAACACGUGCACAAAAACGUCUACAAACACCGAGAUGACUAUGGUAACAAUCAUUAUCUAAAUGUCGAUGAGGAGCAGAGUCCAUAUGAUCAACUUCAAACUCACGUGGUGCGAUACCAAGGCCGCCAAGUGGCCAAAAUGCAGUGCGGUCCCUCAAGGCUGCUUAAUUUCCAAAAACAUCCUUCUAAUAGUCCCAUGGCGUUUAAAAGAUCUAAUCCGUACAAGCUCUUUGACGCUGGUGGGAUUGUUUAUGAUAAAGAUGGCGUACCCAGUGACACUACCACGAAUGUCGUUCAAGCUUUUGACUCACCUUAUAAAAUAAUUCUUCAAAAGGGCAAAAACAACCAAAUGAAAGUGUUAGAGCAGUGCAUUGAGUCAGAUGCUUCUGUGAACCCUGAGGCGGAUUUGAAGCUUGGUGAGCAGGGUCUUGCCAUGGCAAGUGAACAGCGGUCACUACCGACAACUUCCGCUUCUACACCAGCAGUGAAUAGUCUGGCAUCCAAUCGCUUCGCAGAGAAUGGUCUAUAUGAGUACAAGUACCAAGACAUAGGAGAAGGUGUAGAUGAAAACAAAAUAGAUAGUGACGUCAGUGAUCAGCUGACCAGGGCAAUCAAGAACGAGGAAGCAGAAAUCAGGCAGAAAUCUUUAAGGAGUCAAGAUCCUAAGCCCACCCUUAAAGAGGAACUGUUUGCUGAGAAAGAGGAAGCCUGGAGAGAGAAGAAAUACGAAGAUUCCCUUGCCAGACGGGCUAAGGUGAUGUCUUAAUGAGAACAUAACGUGGAUAUGGAGGUUAAUUGAGAUCACAGCAGGGAUCCUCAGCUUACACGUUUGACGAAGAUUUCCUGCAGCAUAGACGGUUGGAGCUCCACUGACCCUCAUUUAUGGAGUCAACCUGUGUAAUUUUAAAUACUAGAGAAGAAUUUCUAUAAGCACAAAAAUUACACGCUCAUUUAAGUUAAGUUUACAAAUUUGAUUUCUCCUGAAUGAUUCUCAACACGUUGAGUAGAUAACAUAAUCAUAUUUCCUGAUUGUUUCUUUAAAAUGGCGGGAGGCAUGUCACCCGAAAGAAACAAUUGAAAUGUUUCUGCAGUCGCCAUAAUAUUAGAUAGGACGUUGCGUGGACGACUGAAAUUAGUCAGUUGAUGAAUGGGAACCGCUAACAUGCACUGAUUAAUGAGAAAAAACAGUACCCACCCUUUGUAAAUUCAAUUUAAGUGGAAAUAGUUCUCAAAACACUUUCGAGUCAACUUUCACGCAUAGUGUCCAGACUCAGAGAAAAAAAAUAAGAAUCAUAGUCUCCUAAUUAAUGUGAAAUAAGAAUAUGAAGAGAAAAACAAAUACAAUUUAUUUACGAAAGUGUCUCUACUCAUACAAAAUACUAAAAAUAAUUGUAAAAUGAAAAAUUUGCUUAGAGGGAAAUAAGAGAAUUUACUGAAGGAUUGAUAACUAGUUUAUAAUAAGUAAACUAUUCAUAUGACCGAUAACAAGAUAUAGUUAAUUUUCCGGAACACCCAAGCAGUAUUGUCUACGUAGGUGUACCAUUGUUUCUAGAUAAAUGCACUCAUUAACAUUGUUCAUCAGUAAAAUUAUUUUCAAGU